AUGAUGAAAGCCGUCGAAGUCCUGGGCACCAAAGCCAAUCCUCAAGUCACGCUCAACCCCGCCGUCCCAAAGCCAUCACCAAAAAAUGGUGAGAUUCUCAUCAAGGUUCACGCUGCGGGGCUGACUGGAGAUGAAAUCACCUGGUGGGAAUUGUGGGAGCAUCCCAUUCGCAUUCCGGGCCACGACAUCUCUGGAGAAGUCGCUGAGCUGGGCCCGAAUUACAAAGGAGACUUGAAGGUUGGAGAUGAAGUUUACUCCAUGAUCCAUGGCUGGAGGGGGCUGGGACAAGCAGAGUAUGCCAUCGUGGAGAGCGACGAAGUAGCCAGGAAACCAAAAUCUUUGAGCUACGCUCAGGCAUCUGCGCUGCCAAUUCCUUUGCUGACUGCUUGGGAAUCUAUUUUUGAGCGUGCUAAUUUACAAAAGGGGCAGAAGGUCCUUGUUACUGGAGCUUCUGGUGCUGUGGGCGUCAUCGUUGUACAGAUGGCCUCUCGACUAGUCGGUGCUGAGGUUGUUGCCCUCUCAAGCGCCCAACAUCACGAUUCAUUAAGAGCACUUGGCGCCAGCCAGCUCGUUGACUACAACGGUCCUAAUUGGGAGGAUACAAUCACGGAUGUUGAUGUCGUUAUCGACACCGUUGGGAACCCAGUCUUGGCCAAGACAUGGACGACGGUAAAAAGCCACGGUCACAUCAUCACAGUUGGACAGCCUCCGGCGGCAUGGGAGUAUGGAAAAGGUCGACCUGAGGAGCUGGAUGAUUUCCCCAAUGUGAAGUGGCUCUUCUUCGUUGUCACACCAAAGGCCGAAACGCUGGAUAAGGUGGCACGGUUGAUCGAUGAGGGGGCGAUUAAACCUAUAGCGAUUGAGGUUUUCCCUCUUGAUAAGGUGGUUCAGGCACAUAAGCAUGCCUCGAUACGGAACCGAAAAGGGAAAGUUGUCAUUGAGUUUGUACCGGAAAAGAAUUGA